AUGACCCGUGCUUGGUCAUAUGCCUAUUGGCUAUUUAGCACCUCAUUAAAAAAUCUUGCCGAAAAUAACAUCAAAGGUGGAUUUUAUCUCCCUGGAAAUGCUUCAAAAGUCGAAUUGCGACACAACAGGAUAUCGCUGAAUGAUUUAAAGAUUAUUCUUAAGGAAUCAAAAGACUUCAACUUCUUAGAUAUAUCAGGAAAUCCAAUUGGACCUAAUUUAACGUCAGACACUUUUGCUGGAUUUCACAAGAUGGUUCAUUUAAAGAUGGAAGGAUGUGGUCUUCAGCACAUUGAGAGUAGAAGCUUCCGAGCGAUGAACAAAUUGCAGGAAAUGUAAGUUUAUUUCUCAGUCCACUCAAGUAAUUCAAGGCCUGGAUCAAAGACUUUUACUUGUGAAAAUAAUUUAUUAGCUGUAUUUCUA